AUACUCUUCCUUCCAAAAAGUCAUGGUGUUUCUGACAACUCCUUCGCGACAAUUCGCGUCCUGCUUCGGCCGUGUCUGGAAACUCCAAUGGAGACGUCAUUCGUCAUCACAAGGCAGAAAACCACCUGCUCCUCAUGCUCUUUCGCCUCAAAAGAUGCGGGCCCUUAUCUCGUUGUACCACCAAUCCGAGACAUUCAUCACGCCAGAGAAUCUUUCAGAACGCAUAGACCAGGCUUUCACUGGAGAAAAAACAGGAAAUUUGGCCUUCAGGUCCCAACCUGGUAUUGAUACCCUUUCUACGUUCUACAACCAGGCAAAGUUGGCGCCCAAAUUCAGUGAAUGGGAUCGUGAAAAAAUGGGGUUUGGAUAUGGAGUAUGGAGUCAGGCAACGUAUUCUAGGAGAGAGUGGAAAGUCAUCGAGGCUUUGUAUGGGGUGGAUGCGAGUGGUUCUCUAGAGCCGUUGCCUGGUUUGGAAGCACUGGAAGAAGGGGACGAGGGAAAUAUCGGGCUUCCGCCUAGAGAAGUUGUCGUCGAUGAAUGAGUGGAUAUUUAAAGGGCCGUAGCCAUUUUUCGAAAAGAUUUCAGCAUAGUGACCUUCCACAUAUUUCAUCGCUAUUUACGAACAUGUUGCGAGCAAGCUUCAAAUCGUUUUAUUCUACCCAUCGCCCCCUUCAAUCUUUUAUCUUGCCAGCAUUUUGAGAACAAUCCCUAAAGGUCAACAUGUAGAUAGCAUUCAGAAUAUGCACUAAACUAGGCAACAUGAACGACCCAAAACUCAACACUUACAUCAUUGUGGAAGCUGAAGGGACUUUCAUCUCGAUCAAGGCCUCACCGGUCACCGGCAAAGCUUUUGCUGCUAGACAAAGAGUGAUUGCAGUCAACAUGAUUGCAUGAGGUGCAUUUCAGAUCAAAUAUAUGUAGUCAA